GGGUCCCGAGGCUCCAGGCAGGGAAACAUCCCGUUAAAGGAGCUGGCCCGCCACUGCCGCCGCCGCACGCGUGGGGCGGAGGAGACUGGCCGGCUCAUUGACGAGAUGUUGGAGGCCUUCGGGGACGCCACUGACACCAUGGGUAUCCCGCUUUUGGACCGCGCUAAGAUCCAGGACAUCUGGAAAACACAGAGGCGCCACCUCCACUGCAUCCAGGACCCACCCGGCGUGCACCUGUACAUGCAGACCGGGCAGCUGGUCAAAGGGGGGAUCACGCUGCCGGUGUUCAGGUGUGCGCGAGGUUCAACUUCGUUGGAGUCGUUCCACCUGCAUCUGGACCGCUUCAUACCUGGCACUUCAGCCAGCGCGGCCCACUUUCAGGCCUAUCUGCUGGAAGGCCUGGCGCGGUGGAACGAGGACCAUGCGGCACAAGCAGUGGAGGCAGCAGACCGUGAUAUGGUCUGCUACAGUGGCCAACUCCAGCACACCGUCAAUGAGCUGAGUGAAAUUUUAUAUCGCACGAAGCUAGUUGACGAUCACACCCGGCCUGCGAAGUACACUGGUGAGCUCAUCGGCGUCCAGUACCUUUUUUCGCAGACCAGUCGAGUGCUGGAGGAAGUGAUGGGCAGGGAUCCCGACGCUCCGGAUGGGACUGAUACAGACGACGACAGUGUCGACGAGGGCUUCCAAGAGAACGAGGGGUCGGUAGAAGAACAUCUCGAAAACACCCUCUUCGGCCUUGAGGAGGACUUCGCCCGACAACCGUUGUCUGACAAGUCCCAGUCGCAACCUGCCAUCGGCGCCUCACAGUCUGGGCCAGCCGACCAGGAGACCUCCCCUGGAGACGAGGCCAUUCAAAGGGUGUCCCACGAGCCAAGUAGCCUUGGAGCUGACACUGGCCCGGGUUAUGAGCACGUGGUCAACCUGGCCUCUAGUCUCAUGACGCUGCGUCACCGUGCUUAUGUGACUCAGCAGCAAGUGGCGGAGAUUGUCGCUCUCUGGGAACGAUUGCCGGAGGGCGACAAGGCCCCGGUUCGCUUCCCGCCACGCCACCAGGAAAGACUGGUGAAGGGGAGGUUCCGACGCAAGCACUCGCAGACCAGUGUCACACCGGGAGUGGAGAGCUUGCGACGGUGUAUGGUCGGCCAAGGUGGCCAAGCCGCACAGAUGCCAAACAUCAGCCGCCUUGUGGAGGCCGUUUGUAUAGAGCUGUCCAGGAUUCACCCCGAAGGAACCACCAUCUGCGGCGUGAGGGUGAACCGCUGGGCAGCUGUGAUGCGGGAUUAUAUCUGCAUCCAAGAGAACAUCCUUACAAACCCGGUACUCAUGGCCCAGACACGUAUCCAGUUAUUCCCCCUCAAUCAGCGCACCCUGGCACAAUGGCACCUCACUCGCACCAGGGAGCUGGUACGGCGGGCUCUGGAGAUGGCCGUGCCAUUGCCAUCCAGCUCGGCCCUUGCUUCGGAGCCCACCCCUGCCGUACGGCCACGGCCCACGGGCCCCGAGCAGUCCGCUGCACCAUGUCAUGAAUACUCGGACCUGCCUGACCUGUCCGGUCAGGCGACGCAGCGAACUCGGGGCCCCGUGGAUGUGGCACCGCCAAUUGUUGGCCACCCCCCGUGCCACAAGAAGCACCCGCCACCCAGCCACUCCUCCCGCCGGCUGACACUGCCGCUUCUCCGCCUCCACCGGCACAACCUUCAGUACCCCGCACCACUGCCUGGCGGCGGAAGAAAAAACAGGAGGCGGAGGAGCUGGCGCAACAGCAAGGUAUCCCUCCCAAACAAAGAAAAAAAGCGGAGGCCUUUGUUUGCCAGCGCUGUGGCCAUCCUAAAACAAAAGAGUUCGGCCACAGCCGCUUUGGGAGGGAAACCUUUUGUUCCACCUCAGCCGGCAGAAGUGUCCAGGAGUGGCUGGAGGAAAAGAGGAGAGCGAAGCAAAAUCGUGCCGGGGGGGAUGGCCACUAAACAAUUUUUGUUAAUCAGUAGAUGGGCCCAUACAUUGCUUUUUUUUUUUUUUUUCUUAUUUUUAUAAAUUUUUCAAGCUGUUUUUACUUUUUUUUAUUUUUUUUUGCAAAUGAC